CCACGUGAUUUCUUUCAAACAUAACUCAUAUCUUCUCUCUUUCAUAAUCAACUAACGACCUCCACUAAUAUGCAACACUUUCAGUCAUCAUCUACCCACUUGAAAUGGAACCAAAAUCAAUCCCACAAGGCCUCACAGCAGACGAAUACUCCGAGCUUCAACUCUUAAUCAAUGCAUACCACCUGUUCGACAAAAUUCCAAACACAUGCACAUCCCUAAUAACCCAACGCAUAGACGCGCCCACAAACAUAGUGUGGCCUCUAGUACGCCGUUUCGACAACCCGCAACGAUACAAGCAUUUUAUCAAGAGUUGCAGCAUGUUUGGGGAUGGUGGUGUGGGAAGCAUACGUGAGGUUACGGUCAUAUCGGGCCUCCCGGCCUCCACGAGUACUGAACGGCUGGAGUUGUUGGAUGAUGAGAAGCAUAUUUUGAGCUUUAGAGUGGUGGGUGGUGAGCAUAGAUUGAAUAACUAUCUUUCGGUUACGUCGGUUAAUGAGUUUGAGAAAGAUGGGAAGGUUUAUACGGUGGUGUUGGAGUCUUAUAUUGUUGAUAUACCUACGGGGAAUACGGUGGAGGAUACUAAGAUGUUUACGGAUACGGUUGUGAAGUUGAAUUUGCAAAAGUUGGGUCUUGUGGCAAUGGCUUGUUUGCAUGGGAGUGAAUGAGUAGGUUUGGUACGGUGGUUGUGGUGGUGGUGACAGUGGAUGUACGGUGGUUAGCAGUGGGGACUUGGGUUGGUAGCAUUAACAUGUGAAAGUUAAAUAAAUCAAGAUUUUGAUGGGGCCGUGUGAUCUUUUGUAUUGUUAAUUUUUCUUUUUAUAGUUGACGAUGUGUAAUUUCUAAUAGAGUUAAAUAAACUCCAUGUGGUUUGGAACAUUUUACUAGUUUAGUUUAAAGAUUUUAUUUUUUGCAUGUAGGUCCAAAAAGGUUUUACCGUUGCCAUUUUAGUCCACUAAGUUAACUUCAUUCAUUUUUUUCUGUUAACAAGAAGGGCAAUGCAGUCAUUUUAUAUGUAAUUUUGUUAACUAUAAGGGGAAUUCGGCCAUAUAAAAUGACCAAAUUGAUGUUCUCGUUAACAGAAAAAAUGGAUGAAAUUAACACAGUGGACUAAAAUGAAAACGGUGAAACUUUUUUGAACCCACAGACUAAAAAUGAAACCUUUGGAUUAAACUAGCAAAAUGACCAAACCACAGGGAAAUUUAACUCUUUCUAAUAAGUCAUUUGCAUUUGGGGUCGA